AUGGAUGAGGAGCGUAGGAUAGUGGUCAGAGGGCUACAGAAUCUUUGGAAUCCUCUCGGCUAUGUCCCAGAUGUGGACCCCCAGAAAGUAGCAGACCUCCCAUGUUACGGGUUCAGGGCAACAGAUUGCUCCCUCAGUCCCUGUCUGGAGAGAGUCUCUCACGAAGAGCACUCUGUGUUUCGUCUUAGGGAGAAAUGUGCCUCUCUCCAAAAUGUAAUUAAGGGUUUCAGACAAACUGUUGAAAACCAGUGCAACUUGAGAGAUGAAAAUGAAAGGCUGAAGAACAACAUCCAUAUCUUGGAAAAGAAAUUAAAGGCUCAUGAACAGGAAUAUGAGAGUCAAAUCAACAAACUGGUGACAGAAAUUAGAAACAGAGAAGAAAUCCACAAGAUGGAAUUAACAAAGGUUUAUUGUGACAUGAACAGAAAAUUUGAACAAAAAGAAGAAGAACAUAAAGAACAAAUAGGUAAAAAAGAGCUGGAGGUUUUAGAGUUAACCAGGCAGCUGAGAACUCAAGAUAAGGAGAAACAGAAUGAGAUAAUCAAACUACAAAUAGACUUCAAUGCCAAAUUAGCAAGGGUUCAGAAUAAAGCAACAAAAUCGUUUCCAGAUACAACUGCCUUACCUCAAAAUAUCUACAGAAGGAAGCUACAACAUCUCCAGGAAGAAAAAAACAAGGAAAUUGAAAUUCUCCGUAACACCAUUCGAGACUUGGAGCAACGGCUCAGCAGAAGCCCGGAUUUCCACCUCAAACGGAGCCGGUUUUGAGAGCUUUGAACAUGUAUUGCAGAAAUCCUUUCCUGACUUAAUGCAACUGAAAAAUAUAAGUGCAAUAUCUUGAGCCAUGCACUUAGAAAGUAAAAUCAGAAUAUACGACACAACUGGAAUGUCAUCUACUUUUUAUUGAAAACUCCCUUUUCAAAUCUUCCAUACAUUUACAUUCAGCUUACAUUCAAUACUACUUUCUUGCUGAUCAGCAUUCGCCAUAAAAGGAUUCAGGUUCUGUAGGAGUUAUGAUUUCCCUAUUAAACCGUCAUUAAUAUGGUAUGUGCUCUCAGAGCAGUUCACUUGUAUUGAAUAUUCUUUUUUCUUUCUUUCAUUAAUCCCUCAACCUAUACUACAUUAUAUUCAGUUCAGAUAAGUAAAGUAUAAGAAUGCUAACUACAAAAAGAGAUGUUAUACAAGUUUUAUUAGUAAACUAUAUUAAUAAUCAAUAUUGAUGGCUAAAUUCCACCCUAAUAUUAACAGGCACAGUUCACUGUGAGUUGUGUUUACUUCUGUUAGGACCAAAUUCAGCCAAAGUCUUGUUUUAGUUUCUCAUCCUGCAUCAAGAUCUACUAGUACUACUUUGUGUGUCCAUUAAUUUUAAUGGGAAUGAUGCAGAAGUCUGCUUUUUCUACAUCCUGAUAAAGGUUCCAGUCCCUAAACUAUAUCAAAGAAUAUCAAAACUAUUACUUUUGAACAAUGUAGUAUUUGGCUAUAACAUACAUUACAGUUGAACUAAAACAUUGGUUUGGCAAGUUGCUUAUGUGUAAGCUAAUUUGUAUUU